AUGAGAAUUGCUUUAAUAAAAAAUUAUGCAGUAUCUGUAUGUCGACUUACCUUCAUUAAACUCCGUUCUUCCCUUCCUGCUGCUCUUCUCUCAAUUCCUCUAACUUUGACAUUAUUUUGGAUUACUGGACUUUCAGAUUAUUUUUUUGAAAUAAAUUUUGAUGAUUUUAAAUGGCCUCCAUUUGUUGAUGUCCAAAAACAGGUUUCAUUAGAAUUACUUGGUUAUUUAACAGAAAUACCUCCAAUUAAUCUUUUGACACAAUUUCAAUUUCUUCAUCGCCCAACUUGUAAAAACAAUCGAUUAACUCGAAAACGUUCAAUUCUUGUUAUUGUAAAAAGUGCUCCUGAAAGAAUUGAGAAUAGAGAAUCAAUUCGUUCAACUUUUGGUUCUUCUUUAGAAAAUGAGAAUUUAACUGGUGGUUUUCGUUUUCGAAUUAUUUUUGUUUUUGGAAAGCCUGUUGAUUCUGUGAUGGAUAAUUUAGAAUUAGAAAAUAAAAAAUAUGAAGAUUUAAUUAUUGGGGAUUUUAUUGACAAUUAUUUUAAUAAUACUUUAAAAUUUAUAUAUUCAAUUAAAUUUGCACACACUUAUUGUAAUGGGGGAACUGUUCCUUUUGUUUUAUUAUUGGAUGAUGAUUAUUUACUUUUGCCUUGGAAUUUAGCGGCUGAAGUUGAAAAACAUGUUGCCCAUGAAAGGCUAUAUAUGGGCUGGCGUUAUGAUACAUCCCCCUUUCGAUUGAGAUGGAGAAAAUUUAGAGUAAGCAUAUCAGAAUAUCCUUUCAAUGCCUAUCCACCAUAUAUUACAGCUGGUGCUGUUCUACUUUCUGGACAGACUAUUAAUGAAUUUUAUAUUGCCAUUCAACACACUGCUAUUUUUAUAUUUGACGAUAUUUAUACAGGUAUUCUCUCCUAUUUAUUAGCAAUUCAACCACAACAUAAUCCAAACUUUUCUCCAUUCCCUCAUGUUGAUAGUACAGGCUGGUGGAAAACUUUAAUUGCAGAACAUGGGUAUUCCCCUAUUUUACUUAAUUCUACUUAUAAUGAAUUAUUGAAAAUGAGAAAAGAAGAAUUUUUAAAAAAUUAA